GUAAGCUCCAUCAUCACAGCCAUUUAAUCUGAAAUUCAUGGCUUCCGCCUGUCGUUUGCGCCUCAACUUUCUUCUCCACCGUCGUUUCUCAUCCAUCCUUAGCUCGGAAUCCGCUCCUCUCUCCAGCAGACAAAAAACUCGAGAUGCUCUCAAGCUCCUGCAAUCUGAGAAAAACCCUGAACGUAUCCUCGACAUAUGCCGCUCUGCUUCUCUUACCCCUGAACUCCACCUGGACCGCGUUGCAUUCUCUAUUGCCGUUUCCAAACUCACCGAAUCCAAAUCCUUCGAAUCUAUCCGCUCCUACCUGGAUGAACUGAAAACCCGCCCUGACCUUCGAAAUGAACGUUAUAUGUCUCAUGCCAUCGUUCUUUAUGGUCAAGCUGGGCUGCUCGAUCACGCCAUCCGCACUUUCAAGCAAAUGGACGAACUGGGUAUCUCUCGCUCAGCCAAGUCUCUAAAUGCUCUCCUGUUCGCUUGCAUUGUCGGGAAAAAAUACGACGAGGUAAGUCGAAUUUUCAUGGAAUUCCCCAAAACUUAUGGAAUUACUCCAAAUUUGGAUACGUAUAAUACUGUUAUUAAAGCUUUAUGUGAAUCGGGUUCUUCUAGUUCGGUUUACUCGAUUUUAGCUGAGAUGGAUCGGAAAGAUUGUAAGCCUAAUACUACUUCUUUUGAUACGUUGCUUGCGGGGUUUUAUAAAGAGGAGAAGUUUGAAGACGUUGGAAAAGUCUUGGAAUUGAUGAAAAAGCACGAUUUUCUUCCUAGAGUUAGUACGUAUAAUGUUAGGAUCCAGAGUCUCUGCAAACUUAAAAAAUCCGCAGAGGCUAAGGCGUUGUUUGAAGGUAUGCUUUCAAGGGACAUGAAGCCUAAUUCUGUUACUUAUUGCAAUCUCAUUCAUGGCUUCUGUAAGGAGGGGGAUUUGGAGGAAGCAAAGAGGCUAUUUAAUGAUAUGCCAAGGAAGGGGUGUGUCCCUGAUAGUGAUUGCUACUUUACUCUGAUUCACUUUCUUUGCCAAGGCAAGGACUUCGAUGCUGCAUUAAAGGUGUGUAAGGAAAGUAUGCAGAAGGAUUGGGUCCCAAACUUCACGACCAUGAAGACACUUGUGAAUGGGCUUGCAAGCAUUUCAAAGGUUGUAGAGGCACGGGAACUUGUUGGUCAAAUGAAGGAGAGAUUUCCUAAAACAGCUGGCUUGUGGAAGGAAGUUGAAGAGGCUUUGCCCCUGUAGGAAAGUUAAUUUAUUAACCUUCAGUUAUUAAGAUCAUGGAAAUAAGAGGUGAGCAUUUGGCCAAGGUUGUGUAAAAAAUGGCAGAUCUUCAAAAAACCUGUUUUUGAAUUCGCAUUUGUUUAUUCAACUACAAAGAAAUCUCUUGCAUCUACAUUUCAUUAGGUUACCGAGGAUAAUGUUGUUUUGGAUGGAUAUCUUUUACUGGACUGAUGUCUUUGUUGCUUUCUUUUUUCCCUUAGCCCUUUAUGAACAUUUGCAUUUUUGUAUUGGUGGUUCAUCUGAGAUUGUCGUUUCCUGUUACUACCUUAAUUGUGGAGGAGCUUCUGCUUUUCUGUGU